GUGACGCAGACCCAACAUAUAAGCCUGCCGAGACAGGGUGUCCGGCAUUAUUCUCAGCAUUCGCAGAGAGCUCGACGUCGUCGUGGAGACUAAAUAAGUAUUCGUCUAACAGCCACAAGUUAAAGUUAAAAACAUGCAGAUCUUUGUCAAGACCCUCACUGGCAAGACCAUCACCCUCGAGGUUGAACCCAGUGACACCAUUGAGAACGUGAAGGCUAAAAUCCAGGACAAGGAAGGCAUUCCCCCUGACCAGCAGAGGCUGAUCUUUGCUGGCAAGCAGCUUGAAGAUGGCCGCACCCUCUCCGACUACAACAUCCAGAAAGAAUCCACCCUCCACCUUGUCCUGCGCCUGAGGGGUGGCAUGCAGAUCUUUGUCAAGACCCUCACUGGCAAGACCAUCACCCUUGAAGUUGAACCCAGUGACACCAUUGAGAACGUGAAGGCCAAAAUCCAGGACAAGGAAGGCAUUCCCCCUGACCAGCAGAGGCUGAUCUUUGCUGGCAAGCAGCUUGAAGAUGGCCGCACCCUCUCCGACUACAACAUCCAGAAAGAAUCCACCCUCCACCUUGUCCUGCGCCUGAGGGGUGGCAUGCAGAUCUUUGUCAAGACCCUCACUGGCAAGACCAUCACCCUUGAGGUUGAGCCCAGUGACACCAUUGAGAACGUGAAGGCCAAAAUCCAGGACAAGGAAGGCAUUCCCCCUGACCAGCAGAGGCUGAUCUUUGCUGGCAAGCAGCUUGAAGAUGGCCGCACCCUCUCCGACUACAACAUCCAGAAAGAAUCCACCCUCCACCUUGUCCUGCGCCUGAGGGGUGGCAUGCAGAUCUUUGUCAAGACCCUCACUGGCAAGACCAUCACCCUUGAGGUUGAGCCCAGUGACACCAUUGAGAACGUGAAGGCUAAAAUCCAGGACAAGGAAGGCAUUCCCCCUGACCAGCAGAGGCUGAUCUUUGCUGGCAAGCAGCUUGAAGAUGGCCGCACCCUCUCCGACUACAACAUCCAGAAAGAAUCCACCCUCCACCUUGUCCUGCGCCUGAGGGGUGGCAUGCAGAUCUUUGUCAAGACCCUCACUGGCAAGACCAUCACCCUUGAGGUUGAGCCCAGUGACACUAUUGAGAACGUGAAGGCCAAAAUCCAGGACAAGGAAGGCAUUCCCCCUGACCAGCAGAGGCUGAUCUUUGCUGGCAAGCAGCUUGAAGAUGGCCGCACCCUCUCCGACUACAACAUCCAGAAAGAAUCCACCCUCCACCUUGUCCUGCGCCUGAGGGGUGGCAUGCAGAUCUUUGUCAAAACCCUCACUGGCAAGACCAUCACCCUUGAGGUUGAGCCCAGUGACACCAUUGAGAACGUGAAGGCUAAAAUCCAGGACAAGGAAGGCAUUCCCCCUGACCAGCAGAGGCUGAUCUUUGCUGGCAAGCAGCUUGAAGAUGGCCGCACCCUCUCCGAUUACAACAUCCAGAAAGAAUCCACCCUCCAUCUUGUCCUGCGUCUGAGGGGUGGCAUGCAGAUCUUUGUCAAGACCCUCACUGGCAAGACCAUCACCCUUGAGGUUGAACCCAGUGACACCAUUGAGAACGUGAAGGCCAAAAUCCAGGACAAGGAAGGCAUUCCCCCUGACCAGCAGAGGCUGAUCUUUGCUGGCAAGCAGCUUGAAGAUGGCCGCACCCUCUCCGAUUACAACAUCCAGAAAGAAUCCACCCUCCAUCUUGUCCUGCGUCUGAGGGGUGGCCAGUAAAGUGUAAACAUGCAGAUCUUUGUCAAGACCCUCACUGGCAAGACCAUCACCCUUGAAGUUGAACCCAGUGACACCAUUGAGAACGUGAAGGCCAAAAUCCAGGACAAGGAAGGCAUUCCCCCUGACCAGCAGAGGCUGAUCUUUGCUGGCAAGCAGCUUGAAGAUGGCCGCACCCUCUCCGAUUACAACAUCCAGAAAGAAUCCACCCUCCACCUUGUCCUGCGCCUGAGGGGUGGCAUGCAGAUCUUUGUCAAGACCCUCACUGGCAAGACCAUCACCCUCGAGGUUGAACCCAGUGACACCAUUGAGAACGUGAAAGCUAAAAUCCAGGACAAGGAAGGCAUUCCCCCUGACCAGCAGAGGCUGAUCUUUGCCGGUAAGCAGCUUGAAGAUGGCCGCACCCUUUCUGACUACAACAUCCAGAAAGAAUCCACCCUCCACCUUGUCCUGCGUCUGAGGGGUGGCAUGCAGAUCUUUGUCAAGACCCUCACUGGCAAGACCAUCACCCUCGAGGUUGAACCCAGUGACACCAUUGAGAACGUGAAAGCUAAAAUCCAGGACAAGGAAGGCAUUCCCCCUGACCAGCAGAGGCUGAUCUUUGCUGGCAAGCAGCUUGAAGAUGGCCGCACCCUCUCCGAUUACAACAUCCAGAAAGAAUCCACCCUCCACCUUGUCCUGCGUUUGAGGGGUGGCCAGUAAAUGAAUGCAUGUCAGCAUGUUUUUACCUGACCUAAAUGGCAACCUGACCCAAUAAACCGUGAUAUAUCA